AUGGCAAAAAAAUCACUGCAUUGUUUUUCUGUUUCAGUAAACGUGAACAUAUCCAUUUGCAUGAUAAGGGACUUGUCUAUUUGUCAAGAUGACUUUACGUUGAAGCCACCCGACGGUCUUCUGAAAGAAAAUACUUUCUCAUGGCUAGGUUACCUGCAGUACGUUCACGUAAUGACGGGUUUAUUAAACCCAAGCAAGGCGCCUCGGAUCGUGUUGAUACAUCGGCAAUUCGUCGUGGGCACCGCGGCAGACUUUUUUCGCUUGCCAAAGAACUACAAAAUAGGUAACGUCGUGUUCGGCGACUACGAGCGUGACGAGAAAGACUGCCAGAUGACGCUGAUGCAGCUGAAAAUGGGCGAGAAGUGCCCGCGAGCCUACCUCGAGGUCCCGGUCAGCGAAGUUACGGCACACCCGGAGUUCUCCAGAUUUGGAGUCGGAAAUAGUAUGGCCGUCGGUAAACUCAUCCGCCCUGUGCAAUCAGAAUACUCUAUCCCAAUUUGCCUGCCGUCAUACGCUGAACGUCAGAGAAAACGCGGAAACAAAAUCGUAAUGUUAAUCGAUUAUAUCAGCACUGUACCGAGAGACUUUGACCAAGAGAGAAUGGGAAAGAAAACUUUGAAAUUAUACACACACAAAGAAUGUCGCCGACAUCGAAAGAAAGCGAAUUUAGGUAGCGAAGGCGCAACGCACGUCCUAUGCACAUCAGGGUGCGGCGUGCGGCCUGGUGCGCCCAUCGCCUCGCACAGCCCCGACGGCGAGUUCGAACUCAUAGGGCUCUCCGCGGGCUACGCGCCCUGCACCCGCCGCGGCAUGCGCCAACGGCUCAACGACGACCCGCCCAUCUACAUCGACGUGUUCCCUUACGUCACCUGGAUUGUAAAUAUUUUAGCAGCGCACGUCAUACCGAAACCGUAUCCGAGCAAUUUUAAACUAGUCGAUGGAAGAUCAGGUCUGAGCGUGCACAAAAGCGGCUACCUCCGGAAAAGAAGAGAACAGCAGAAGGGUUGGCGCGCCCGUACCUACCUGCACGGCAAUUUCUGCUUUAAGUCGAAGAGGGUUCAGGAGCGCCAAGCUCACUUUUUCUAUUCAGAAAAGUUUGCCGUGCACGCUGAUCCACCAGCCAAGCUACAUGUAUUGAUGAAACUUUCAGCAGGAGUUGAAACAACAAUCCUGUGCGCCCGAAUGCAGUUCCCGAACCGGCAGGUCGAGCCCAUGAUAACAGGCAUAGGAGGCUACAACAUGACCCUCGAGUUCACCACGGACUGGUUCCCCUACGUGUUCUUCUUCACACUCGGUCUCACGGGCAAGAACACCACUAGAGCCAACUUGAAGGAAUGGAUCCUUGAGCGACAUCCGGGAGCGUGGUGAAUAAGG